CCGCCUUCAGUAGUGGGUGCGAUGACGAUCAGGUUAAAGUCUAUUUUGGUGAUUUUGAUGGAGUGGUAUGGACAUUGCCCGAGGAUUGAAGGGACGUUUGCUGUUGGGGCUCAAUCAGGGGCGAUGGGAUUGAUAUCACGUCCCGGAAGAGGGCACUUUCAGCACUUCCCCAGCACCGGCCGCGAGGUGGUCAGACUUUGUGUUCCAGUUUUGGGGAAUAAGACUGAGAGAAUUUCGCAGCCCCAUCUGGGGAAUCAGUGCUGAGUCCAGGCGGAGAGAGAGAGAGAGAGAGGCUGGAAAGCGUUGGUGGCAAUAGGAGAUCGAUAGGAAACCUUUCCCAUGUCAGAUGGGACACGUUGCGCGAAUCUGGGGUCAACUGGGAACUCUCAAGAGGAAACGAUAAUCUAAAGGUCCCUGAGCAGUUGGGUUGCUGUGUUUAAAGCGUGUUGGAUAUUUCUGAGCCCAGGACUUGCUGCAAGGUCGCUGUGAGAGAGGGAGGGAGAGAGAGAGAGCGGGAGAGCUGGAGAACUGGAGCCGGGAGAGCCCUGCUCCGCAUGUGGGUGCCUGGAUAUAAAUAGCCAGAAUUCCGUCGCCAAUGUUGGAGCUCACCUCUGUGUUUUCGUCCCUUGCCUUUUGGGAGCUCGCAACAGACCUGGGGCUGAGGAUACCUGGUUCAGAAAUCUGCUGAUGCUGUGUCGGCGAGUCGAGAAAUGAAAUCCCCCUGUGCUUCCUACCAAGCGGAAAGAUCACGUAUCCUAAGGAAAAUUGCAUGAGAGAAGGAAGUAUUAGACAACGCAACAGUUUUCACUGUGGAUUUGUGUUGACCACUGAGCUGAGAAAGAGCAGCUGUGAAGAUUGCAGAGCCGAAUGGGGACUGUACCAAAUCCUCAGGAUUCUCAGGCUGUGCAAAGGUCAGCAGCUAUAAUGGGCAGAAAAGACUUUGAAGGAGCCUCUUGUAACAACAGCCAACAGAUAGCAACCUCCCCAGAUCAACAGAAAGCAUCAAGCUCUUCAGUUGGUCUACACGAAAGCUUCGUUAACUCAGUUCCUUUAAUAUUGGAAUCCAGCCAAGCCGAAGAUGCUACAUCCAGAUUGUACGCCAAUGGAGAUCAGGCCAAGUGUGAUAGAGGUGGAGAACUGGACCAGUGGAUGAAGCCAGACGCAAUGAAAAGCAGUCAGCAUGGCGCAGGAGAAAAUACUCAAAACUCCUCAGAGUUUAUUAUAGGCCAGCAGACAAAAUGUGUGCACCAACCUCAGCCAGACUCUAGACCGUCUGGGACCAAUAGGCAAUUGACCACACACACUGGGACUGACCACCAGCAGACCAAACCGGCUGACCCUGGUCAUACUGGGACUGACCACCAGCAGACCAAACCGGCUGACCCUGGUCAUACUGGGACUGACCACCAGCAGACCAAACCUGCUGACCCUGGUCAUACUGGGACUGACCACCAGCAGUCCAAACCGGCUGACCUUGGUCAUGCUGGGACUGACCACCAGCAGACCAAACGCACUGACCUCAGACAUCCUGGGGCAAGUUACCAAGAGGUCAAUCUUGAAAGGAGAGAAAAAGAGAGGGUUGGGCCUAGGACUGACAUGGAACAACAAGAUCUGGCAAUAAAGGAUAGACUCCAAACAGUCACUAUGAAAGGAGAAAAUACCUUUGAUCUGAAAACUGUAAACCAAGAGGAGCAGUUGAGACUUACAAAGGAACAAAAAGCUCCUCCCAAAACUGACCCUGUCAUACCUCCAGAAUUGCAGGUGCAAAGGAUUGGAGCAGGACUCACUGAGGUGAACAGCCAUAACAGUUCUAGGGAACACCAACAAAAGCAGCCAAUAGACACAGAGCCAAAUCUAGGAGGGAUUGUUCAACAAAAACAACAGGAGACCAAAUUUAAAGAUGCGGAGACGAUGACGAGUCAGUCUCCAGGCAGCUACUUUCCAUCCAUUUGGAAUAGGUCUUGUCGGGAUGUUGAGGUACAGGCUGUCCUGCAAAGUUUUCAGUGCAAGUCCACGGCAACCAGCCCCCAGAGUCCAGCCCCUGGCUCAAUGAAUGAAUGUCAGGUUGUCCAGAAAGUCCACCCAGAAAGCAGUCAUUCCAAACUCAGUCAGUCAGCACGAGUUAGUGACAGCUACUGUGAGUCGGAACGACUAAAGGUAACCUGUACCUUUACAGAAGGAUCUGAACCCUCAAAUGUUGUCUAUGAACUGGGUGAGGAGGAAGUGGGGGAUGUCAAGACAGAAUCUUUCUUAUCAGAGGUUACUUAUAGAAAUAAAACUGAAACUAAACAGAAAUUCUCCAAAGAAUCUGAUUAUGAUCCAAAAGUUACCCGCGACAAAAAGAGGGAGCUAACAAAUGCUAGAGGACAUUUAGAAUGUGGACAAGCACCAUCUGUCCCUGUUACUAAUGAAUCAGAAUCUGGAACAUAUGGACCCACAAAGUUCAGAACAGAACCUGUAUGCUUGGACAAAGCUACGGAGUUACACGGGAGAUCCAUGCAGUCGCAGAGCCCUUGUGAUAAGAGUGAGAACUCAGACCAGCCAAACAUUAAUAACAGCAGCAACCAAGAAACUGGCCAUCCCACCCUUUCACACUGUGUAGUUAAUGAACCUGCUCAGUGCGUUUAUGAUAUCAGCAGGAAGCCAGGCAUUGCUGCUAAUGUUCAUGAAAAAUCCGAGCUGAAAGAAACCAGCAUUGAUAAAUCUAGCCAGUCAAACAGUGCUGCCAAAAGCAGCGAGAAAACUGACCAACUGCAUGACAGUACAACUGAAUUUGGUAAUUCCAAAAUGGGACCUGAAAGUAGGCGAUCCGGACAGCUACAGAAAUCUGACCCAUUGACAACGGAUCCUGAUAUUAGCAAGCCAUCCCUCUGCUCAGAAAUUGCUGGGAACAUCCAAAUGGAUUCUAGUGCGUCAAAAAGCACAGAUACUAUCCCUCAGGGAUCUGAACAAUCUCAAGCUGCUGGUGACGUGAUUAAAAUAUCUGAACAAACCCACAGUGUUAACCGUGAUAAAAAGGAACCUGAUCUUGAUGCCAAAAAACAAACUAGCCAAACCAAAGACUUGCCUGCCAAAAGCGAGAUAGCUGACCAACCGGAAGCUGUUUGUAAUGACAGUGAAGGUUCUGGCCCAUUGGAACGUCCUUAUGGUAUCAUUGUGGAAACUGUUCAGCCAGAAGCCAACCAGUCCAUCACAGUACUAUCUAGUCGUGCAAAAGUUGAAUGUGACACCGACAAAAAAAAAUCUCAAUCACAAAGUAUUGAAGGCACUGGCAAAGAAUGUGAGCAAUCCAAAAAUGAAUCAGACAUCAGCAAAAAAUCUGCUCAGGUGAUAACUUUGUAUAAUGAUGGUAAGGGGUUUACCCAAUCAGAAGCUGGCUGUGCCACUGCAAAGGGAAGUGGUCACUUAAAAACAGAUCCUCAAGUCAGCAAGCAAUCUCAUAUUUUUGACACCGAAAAGCCGAAACCUACCAUUGAGGUGAACAUUGAACCGAAGCAAACAGCCAAUGAGUCAGAUAAAGAGGCAACACAGUCAAAGAAUGUCCGGGAUGUGAUCUGGGAUGAGCAGGGUAUGACCUGGGAAGUUUAUGGUGCCUCCCUUGACCCCGAAUCACUGGGAUUUGCCAUUCAGUGUCACUUACAGAGACAGAUCGUAGAAUAUGAGAAGCAAAUCAAAGUAAAUAAUCAGAGCAAAAGAUCAGCUUCUUUGGAUGCAACACCUGGGAGUAAUAAAGCCAACAAGAGGAGGCAGCAAAAUAUAUUCAGGACAGUUCUACAGAAUAUGAGAUCCCCACAGUGUUGCCUUCGUCCGCAGCCUUCCUCUGUGAUUGACUGAUGGGAAUUGUAGUCAUAUUUCAGCCAAUCCUCCAAAUUGUUUGCGAUGGACCACUUCAUGAGAAGGCUUUCUGCACUUUUAUUGCUCAUGAAUAGAUUGAAACUAUAUUACAGAUUUCUUUUCCCCAUAAAAUGCAUUCAGUGGCUGUAGUUAUUGUACAUGGCCUUUCUAUGGUGUAUCUGCCCACUAGAUACAAUUAGGAGACCAAUAGGUCAUCUAUUAGGCAAUAAUGAUCGCAAUUUGUAAACAAAAUGACCUAGUUAGAUUUUAUUUCAUAAUGAUUAAAUUAAUACUUUAGAAGUGACUGUUGUGUGAAGAUUCUAUCCUGAACGUUCUUUUUUCCUUGGGCUUGAUAAUAUAUACCCUCAAUUAAGUUCUCAACGAUUUAAAUAUGCUCUAGUAUGCAUGAAAUCAAUUGAUACAUUUUAAUGUUAAUGCUUCGAGGGAACGAGGUUACAUAAGUAGACCAUGACACUUGCAGUUUCGUGACUCCUAUAGAAUGUCCUCAGCAAAUCAAGUAACUAUUGUAACAUUUCAAUGUAGAGCUAACAUUGCAGUUGCGUAGUGCAUAGUCAUAGAGAAACAGGAGAAUAAAUGGCGUUUGAAUUAAUUAAGAAAAAGAAUGCCACUUGUCACUGAUGCUUAAUUUUUGUGUGAAAUGGAAUACGUGGAUUAAUAUACUGUAUUUAGUAAGCCAGAGCAUUUUAUAUUGUAAUAAAUUUAAUGAGAAACAUCACUAUCACACAUUUUAGCUUCCUCUGUGAGGUGAAAUACAUGUAUUACAACUUGUACCUUUACAUGAUGGCCCUAACUGAUGUCAAAUUUUCUGCCAUCUUUUGUACUGUGUUAUUGAUAUUGAUUGUUUACUGUUUGUCUUUUGCUAAGCCACCACAGUGUUUUAUACUAAAAAUCCGCUCUGUGUCCAUUCUCUUAAAUGUGCCGAGUAACCAGUCUCUGCUCCCUGCCCUUUACCAAUGUAAAUGAGAAGGACUAUCAAUUCUCCUUAUCAAAAUUGGAUAGAAACACAUGGAACAUAUGUGGCUAGGUUUAGUUUUGUUGCUGCAUUGACAGAGACGAGCAGACAUCCUCCCUGAAUUUACAGAAUGUCAAUCACUUGAUUCCCUUCCCCACACAAGGCAGCCCUUGCCCAGCUACUUAAUAGCUAUGUUUUCUCAGACUUAACAAGUGGUAGAUAUUCAUUGGCAACUCAUCCAAAGCAAUGUUAAUCAAUCCAAGGCCCAGUUUCUUCAAUGAUAACCACAAUGUAUUGUACUUUUACAUUUCAAUCUGUUUCUGUUAGAACAAUGUUAUUCUAUUAGAAUAAAUAUGAACGAUA